AUGGUGCUUCCACCUAAAUCAAUGCUCUUGCGGGAUUUCGAAGUGAGCCGUUCGUUGAUGCCCUUUAAAUUUAUCCGUGGAGCUGUGUUAGGAGCAAAAGCUCAGCUUUUUUUGGAAAAGGUCUGUGCAAGUAGUAUCGUCAAACUGCUUCCAGCUCACGCAGGCGCUGCUUAUACAGCACAUUGCGACGACAUAAAGGAAACUGGAGACACGUUCAUUGCUAUGCUUGACAAAGUAUUGAACGCCAUGUCCAUCGACAUCAAGACACUUGAAUGGCUGGACGAAAAAACACGAGGAAGCGCGUUAGCAAAGCUUAACGCUCUUGACAUUAUGUGCGUUCAGCCUAAUGUCGUGUAG